AUGGCCAUCGGUGCUGUAUUUUUGAUAGUCUUAAUUUACUACGCUCGAGGGGGAGAUGCUGCCUCGUCGUUUGAUCCCGAUUCACCGUUAUCCAGCUUGAAAUCGACCACUGCCUUGAACGGUGAUAGGCAUAUUUAUGCUGCUAUGUUAGAUGCUGGAAGUACGGGUAGUCGGAUUCACAUUUAUCACUUUGCUAAAAGUGAACAAGGCAUUUUAAGAUUAAUUGAUGAAUACUUUAAGGAAAAUCAACCUGGUAUUGGUGCUUUUGCUAAUAAUUCAGAAAAGGCCGGUGAAAAAAUUCAAGCUUUGCUCGAUAGUGGAAUGCCUAAAAUUCCGAAAGGCCAAGUCUCAUCAUGUCUUAUCAACUUAUUUGCAACUGCUGGAUUGAGACGAUUACCGGAAAAACAGUCCAACGCUUUAUUAGAUACGGUAUGCAAAUAUUGUGGUCAGCAUAUUAUAUCGAUUCGUGAAGUCAUUAAGAAAUCACCCUUUAAGAAGCCUAAAAGCUAUGUUUCUAUACUUAGUGGAGAUAAUGAAGGUAUCUAUGCUUGGCAGACGCUAAAUUUCUUAACAGGUACACUGAAUAGCUCCAAUACUGAGGCAUCGUAUGGAACGCUCGAUCUUGGAGGUGCAUCGACUCAAUUAACCUUCGCAGCAAUAGAUGAGAAAACUCUAAAAAAAUUUAAGGAGGACAUUAAGACUGAUGAAGUGCUAGAACAAAAAUUUCGGCUAUUUACUAAAAGCUACAAAGAUAUGGGCCUGAAAGUAGCCAGAGUAAAAGUACUAGCUGCAAAUCCCAAAAGCAAGGAUGGUAAAUUUGUUACUGCCUGCUCCCCAUCUGGAGCAAAAUUUUCUUGGAAAGACUUUGGUGUGGAAAAUAAUGUGAGUAACCCUUCGGAUGAAAAAUAUGGAUUUGAGGAAUGUAUGAAGGAAGUAAAAAAUUACCCGAAAACGGAUAAGAUUGAGGAGUUGAAAGUUCGGAAAGCUUAUGCUUUCUCAUAUUAUUACGAUAUUGCUGUUGAUCUUCACCUUAUUGGUGCAAAAGGUGGAGAAAUCGAUAUACAGAAGUUUUAUGAUGCAGCAAAGAUAGAGUGCAAUAAACCUAAAAGAGAUCACGAUAUGUUAUGUUUUGAUUCCGUGUACAUUAUAAAUUUAUUGACUGAGGGUUUUGGAUUGGAUUUGCAAUCUAAAUUAACUAUUGGAAAGAAGAUAAACGAAUUUGAAUUAUGUUGGGCAUUAGGAGCUACUUUGGAAAUGUUAGGAGAGUAA